CCAGCCAAAGGAGCCCAGCACACACAGCACCCCGGUAUUACAGAGUGUGGGGACGUAAAGGCAAAUGGUGAGCAGAGGCUAUAACUCCUGAGUCCUUCUACACCUCAUCUGCUACAAGUUCCAGCUUACAAAAUGGAUAUGCUUUGUGAAGAAAAUACUUCUUUGAGCUUAACUAUGAACUCCUUAAUGCAAUUAAAUGAUGACACCAGACUCUACAAUAAUGACUUUAACGCCGGAGAAGCUAACACUUCUGAUGCUUUUAACUGGACAGUAGACUCUGAAAAUCGAACCAACCUUUCCUGUGAAGGGUGCCUCUCACCACCGUGUUUCUCCUUACUUCAUCUCCAGGAAAAAAACUGGUCUGCUUUAUUGACAGCUGUAGUGAUUAUUCUAACCAUUGCUGGAAACAUACUUGUCAUCAUGGCAGUGUCCCUAGAGAAAAAGCUGCAGAACGCCACCAACUAUUUCCUGAUGUCACUUGCCAUAGCUGAUAUGCUGCUGGGUUUCCUUGUCAUGCCCGUGUCCAUGUUAACCAUCCUGUAUGGGUACCGGUGGCCUCUGCCCAGCAAGCUCUGCGCAGUCUGGAUUUACCUGGAUGUGCUCUUCUCCACCGCCUCCAUCAUGCACCUGUGUGCCAUCUCCCUCGACCGCUACGUCGCCAUCCAGAAUCCCAUCCACCACAGCCGCUUCAACUCCAGAACUAAGGCGUUUCUGAAAAUAAUUGCUGUUUGGACCAUAUCAGUAGGAAUAUCCAUGCCGAUACCAGUGUUUGGGCUACAGGACGACUCCAAGGUCUUUAAAGAAGGGAGCUGCUUACUUGCCGAUGAUAACUUCGUCCUCAUCGGCUCUUUCGUGUCCUUCUUCAUUCCCUUAACCAUCAUGGUGAUCACCUACUUUCUAACUAUCAAGUCCCUCCAGAAAGAAGCUACUUUGUGUGUGAGUGAUCUUGGCACGCGAGCCAAACUAGCUUCUUUCAGCUUCCUCCCGCAGAGUUCCCUGUCCUCGGAAAAGCUCUUCCAGAGGUCGAUCCACAGGGAGCCCGGGUCCUACGCAGGCAGGAGGACUAUGCAGUCCAUCAGCAACGAGCAGAAAGCGUGCAAGGUGCUGGGCAUCGUCUUCUUCCUGUUCGUGGUGAUGUGGUGUCCCUUCUUCAUCACCAACAUCAUGGCGGUCAUCUGCAAGGAGUCCUGCAACGAGGACGUCAUCGGAGCCCUGCUCAACGUGUUCGUGUGGAUCGGCUACCUGUCCUCAGCCGUCAACCCGCUCGUCUACACACUGUUCAACAAGACCUACAGGUCGGCCUUUUCACGCUACAUUCAGUGUCAGUACAAGGAAAACAAAAAACCGUUGCAGCUAAUUUUAGUGAACACUAUACCGAGUUUGGCCUACAAGUCUAGUCAACUCCAAAUGGGGCAGAAAAAGAAUUCGAAGAAUGAUGCCCAGGCAACAGGUAAUGACUGCUCCAUGGUGGCUCUAGGACAGCCGCGGUCAGAAGACGCCUCCACAGAGGACAGCAACACAGUGAAUGAAAAGGUUAGCUGCGUGUGAUGGGCUGGUUGCCAUGGCAACCAGGGAGCGCGCCAGCAACGAGUUUUCACCUCUCCAGGAAAAGGAAACUAAAGUAAGGAGACUGGAAAAAAUUAGGCCAGUCGAGUGGAACUAACAAUAAUAUCUCAUACGCCUCAUUUUAUUCUGUCGAUGAAAAGCAGAGUUACAUGCCGCAAAAUGUGCGCUUGGAGAACGUUCUGACAGCAUUUCAGCUGUCAGCUUUAUGAUACCUAUUUUUAACAUUGUAAAUGAUAUGUCUUUAAAAUGAUUAGCUUUUAUUGUCUAAUAAUGAGGCCCUAGAUAAAUCUAAAUUUAAUUUCUAUUUUCAAAUGGAAAGCUUGCUACUGUGUUGCUAACUGAUGGCAUAGGAUGGAGUUGGUCACCUAUUGCUGUAAAUAAAAAUGGCUAUAAAUACUGAAAAAUCGGUUGACUAUAAUGGGCUCUAAAAUAAAGAAUCCUCUUUAAAACCUACCACGAGAUCUAUUUUGAAAGAAAAAAAAAAGACAUUAAGGACAGUGCUAUGAAAUCUGUCUUGCUAAGAUAAUUAAAUGAAAUACUUGACACUAUUUUCCAUUGCUGCUUUUCCAUCGAUGUCAUUUUGAAAUAUUCACCAGGUGGCUGAUCUUUGCUGCUUUUCAAGUUACUUCUCAGAAGUGAAGACUAUUUUAAAUGUUACUGAAUAACUUUUGCUGCUUUCUCUUCUACUUCUUGUGCUUUACUCUGAAUCUCUGAUGUGGUCUUGUUUAAUAUUUGUUCUUCUAAGUAAACUAGCAAAAGGACAAUUUCACAAUACCAAAUACAUUUCUAGAAAUCGCUCCUCUAAAAGAGCAGCGUAGAGGUAUUUGGUAACUCGCCAUGAAGUGACUGCAUUGCGCAUGCGCUCCUUUGAGCUGUAUGUUGACAUAGCUGUGUCGGGAUUGAGGGCGCACUCUGGUUUCUGGCUAUGGACGGUAAUGGAGUCACAGGACAUCUCUGGAAAAAGAAUGUGGCUUUCCUGUUGAUACCCAUCAUGUAAAUUGAUGCUUUCAGAUUAAUCCACCCAUGUUAUUUAUUAAAACUGUUCAGUUUGAUCCCACAAUCAUCUAGGGAGUGUACCCUUAAAUGUGAAGCAAUUUUCCUGAUAUGAGGGACAUAUAUCCCUGAAGAAAAUGACCCAAUAGAAAAGGUCCUUGUUGAAAAAUAGAAAUAG